CUCGACAGCAAAAAGGAGCGUUAACUUUCUUUCCUUUCUUUUCUAUCCUCUCUCAAACUUUCCUGGAAAAGUCGUACAGAAUCUUGCCAAGGAAGAAACCGCCACAACAGACAGCAAUCUGUAAAGCACUUCUACUGAAUCGAAUCACAUACAUAUAUAUAUAGAGAGAGAGAGAGAGAGAGAGAGAGAGAGUGAGAGUGGAUUGGGAAUUGAUUUGAUAUGUCAAUUUAUGCUUCAUGGUAGCGCAGAGAGACAGAAGGUAUCGCAAAUUCAAUCGGGAAUCAGUGGAGAAAUUCUAUCGCAGCACUGCACAGUAAGAUUUCUUGAUCAUCAAUGGUGAUUUUUUGAUAGGAUGCAUAUGGAUAGAGGAAUUCGAUUCAUGUAUUAGAAGAUGAAAAGCAUAGAGGGAAUUGUGUGUGUGUACAGUUGAUUUUGAUUCAGAUGUCUCCGCCGUGUUCUUCUUCAUUUUCGAGCGAGGAACAACCACAACAGAGAACCCAACCAGCCCAAACCCUAACCCUAAUCCCAGGCCUCCCGAACGACCUCUCCGCCCUAAUCCUCGCCUUCGUCCCUUACCCCCACCACUCCCGCCUCAAACCGACUUGCAAAUCAUGGCGCAUCUUCUUCUCCGCGAAGAAAACCCUACUCUCUCUCCGCCAGAAACACCUCCCUCUCUCUCUCCUCUCCCACCUCCUCUGCAUCUUCCCUCAAGACCCUACAAUCACCCCCCCUUACCUCUUCGACCCGAAAACUCUAUCCUGGUGCCCGAUCCCGCCCAUGCCCUGUAACCCCCACGUGUACGGCCUCUGCAAUUUCACCUCCCUUUCGAUUCCCCCUGAUCUCUUUGUUCUGGGUGGGUCCCUCUUCGACACCCGCUCGUUCCCCAUCGACCGGCCUUCCCCCUCGUCCUCCGCCUUUCGAUUCAGCUUCGUUACGUCCUCGUGGGAUCGGUUGUCGCCUAUGCUUUCUCCCCGUGGGAGCUUUGCGAGCGCGGCGAUGACGGAUUUGAAUAGGAUUGUUGUGGCCGGGGGUGGGUCCCGGCACACUAUGUUUGGGGCGGCAGGGAGCAGGAUGAGUUCAGUGGAGAUGUAUGAUGUUGGAAAAGAUGAGUGGGUGGCGUUGGACGGGUUACCGAGGUUUCGUGCAGGGUGUGUGGGGUUUUUGGUGGGGAGUGGAGAGGAGAGGGAGUUUUGGGUGAUGGGAGGGUAUGGGGAGUCGAGAACGGUCUCGGGGGUGUUUCCCGUGGAUGAGUAUUAUAGGGAUGGUGUGGUGAUGGAAUUGAGUAAUGGUGGGAAGUGGAGGGAGAUUGGGGAUAUGUGGGGGGAAGGAGAGAGGAGGAGGCUUGGGAAAAUUGUUGUGGUUGAGGAUGAGGAUUGGGAUGUUCCUGGCAUUUUCAUGCUUGAUGGGGGUGAUAUCUUCAGGUUCCACAUGGAUUCGAACCGUUGGUGGAAGGAGACAAGUGUACCAAGAAAAGCCCUUGAUGAUUCAUCAGUCGGUUUCGUCUCAUUGGAUGGGGAGUUGUAUUUGAUGAACCUUGUACAUGCAGUGUAUUUAACAGAGGCCAGAAGACCACGGCAGAACAAGAAGGCAGCAUCACUGUUCAUACAGAUAUAUAAUCCCAGGAACAGGACAUGGAGAUCCUUGAUCACAAAGCCGCCUCUCAAUCACCAUUUGGAUUUCAAAACUGCAGUUAUGUGCACCAUCCGACUGUAGACUCAAUAUGAUUUCACUGGUGCGUGUAUUGCUGUCAUUUUUACCUGAAUAUGUUCUUUGUUCAUCGGUAACUUCGUUUCUUCUAUUACCCUGUUUGUAUACGUCCGUGUAUAGCUUGAUGCAGACAAUUGUUUUCGAGUCAUGUAUUGGUUUUUACUUCUAUACAUGUGUUGCAGACAACUGGAAAUAAGUAUAAAUUGUAAGUUCAUACUUUUAUGGGUUGA